AUGAGCACCCAUGCAUCUGCGCCGACAAAAUCCCAGCCGAAGCACGACUAUGACCGCCUCGUCCGUCAGGGUGUUGCCGGCGGCAUCGCCGGCUGUGUCGCGAAGACGGUCGUCGCACCACUGGACCGCGUCAAGAUCCUCUUCCAAGCAUCAAAUCCCGACUUUCAGAAAUAUGCUGGAUCAUGGACGGGAGCCUUCCAGGCGGGUAGCAAGAUAUUCAAGGAGACGGGUGUACGCGGGCUAUUGCAAGGACACUCGGCUACACUCCUCCGCGUCUUCCCCUAUGCAGGCAUCAAAUUCUUGGCCUAUGACCAGGCCCAUGAUUACUUGAUGCCGACAGUGGCAGAUGAAACCAAUGUCCGGCGGUUCAUAGCAGGCGCGAUAUCAGGAACGACAUCCGUAUUCCUGACCUACCCGCUCGAGCUCAUCCGUGUCCGUAUGGCUUUCCAAACGCAACACACCCAAGCGAACCCCUCAGCGACACCCGUCCGACCAUCCUUCCUCUCUGCCGCCCGCCUAAUCUAUUCCGAAGGCACACUGCCACCACCUCCUCCACCCUCCGCAUCCGCAACAACAGAAGUUGCCCGCAAGGCGUCUCGCUCGUUGUUUGAGGCGCUGCCGGUGCUUAAAUUCUAUCGGGGCUUCACCGUGUCGCUCACUGGCAUGGUACCUUACGCCGGCAUGUCAUUUCUCGCGUGGGGUCAACUUCGUUCUUGGCUACUUCCACCACCACCGCCCGGUUCAACCCGUCGGAAGUCUAACACUGGCAUGGACCUUUUGAUAGGUGCCGCAGCAGGCGUAUUCGCGCAGACCGCGUCGUAUCCAUUCGAGGUCGUCCGACGACGUAUGCAAGUUGGCGGUCUCACGCGACCGGAUCGGUGGUUAGGAUGGGGAGAAACCAUACGCACGAUCUACACGAAGAGCGGGUGGAGGGGCUUUUAUGUGGGUUUGACUAUCGGGUGGAUCAAGGUGUUACCCAUGAACGCUGUCAGUUAUGCAGUAUGGCAGGCUAUGAAGAGGGUUCUGGACGUUUAG